CGUUAGUGCGUGUUGUUUACCGGCAUGUCCGAGGUCGAAAGAGCUCUGGAUGUUCUGCUCCAGGAAGCGGAGGAGCUGUGCAUCGGGAGCAGCGUAGUGGAGCUGGACAGGAUUCCAACCGCCUUGGAGUUUUGUCGGGAAUUCUACUCCAAAAACCAGCCGGUGGUCAUUCGCAAGGCACUCAAUUGGCCCGCGAUUGGCAAAUGGACGCCAAAGUACCUGAUCGAGGCUCUCGGGGACAGGAGCGUGGAUGUGGCAAUCACCCCGAAUGGCUAUGCCGACGGCUUGGCCACUCAAAAUGGACAGGAGUACUUCGUUUUGCCGCUGGAGACGAAAAUGAAGCUGUCCGAGGUGGUCCGCCGCCUGGAUGAUCCCACUGGUGCUGUCCACUACAUACAAAAGCAGAACUCUAACCUCAGUGUGGACCUACCGGAACUGGCUGCUGAUCUGCGGGUCAGUGAUCUCGACUUUGCGCAGCAGUCCUUUAACAAACCGCCUGAUGCUGUUAACUUUUGGCUGGGCGACGAGCGCGCCGUUACCUCCAUGCACAAGGAUCCAUACGAGAACGUGUACUGCGUGAUAUCCGGUCACAAGGACUUCGUUCUCAUCCCGCCGCACCAGCUUAGCUGCGUACCGCGAGGAAUUUACCCUACAGGCGUUUACAAGACCUCAGAUAGUGGUCAGUUCUACAUUGAACCGUUGAGGGAUGAGGAAGGCAGCGAUCAGUUCACAGAAUGGGUCAGCGUUGAUCCCUUGUCACCCGACCUGGCCAAAUAUCCGGAGUACGCCCGGGCCAAGCCUCUGAAAGUACGUGUUCACGCGGGAGACAUCCUAUACCUGCCCAACUACUGGUUCCACCAUGUGUCCCAAAGCCACAAGUGCAUCGCCGUGAACUUCUGGUACGAUCUGGACUACGAUAGCCGGUACUGCUACUACCGCAUGCUGGAGCAGAUGACGUCCGCAAGGAGUGGCUAAUAGAAUCCGGAGAAGUAUUUAUUCUCAGGGAUUGUUAGGUGAAUUCAAAACCCUUCUUGUUUUCAGUGUAUUUAUAUAUAUUAUUGUUACAUAAUUUAGUGUUAAAUAAAAAACUGAUACCC